CCGAGCUGGGGCGGCUGCCCUGAGCCGUCUUGGCACCGGGUCCAGCGGCUGCGCUGCCGGCCACGUCCCCACGCCGGACCGCGGGCGCUUCCCCGCCGCACGAGGGCCGCCGGGCCGCCGCAAGGCCUGCCGCGCCCGGAUGCAUCUUUUGCCAGAGUGGAGCAUCUGCCUGGAUCCCACCUGCGCCGUAGAGCGUGCCAUGGCCUGGGAGUGCCCUGCAAAGCUGCCCUUGCCUCCCGCAAAGCCAUUCCUCACCCUGCGAGCCCUCAGUGCCAAGCCCUCAGCUCUCCAAGGAGGAUGGCCCAGCCUGGGAGCGCGCCCUGAGCAGCUGCCUCUCGUGAGUGUCCAAGGCCUGCAGUCAGGGCCGCCUGCUCAGUGACAGGACAGGUCCCUCGGCCAAGCAGCAGGGAGCCCUUAGCAGCCUGAGGCGCGGCCGGCUGGGAGCUCCGGAGACCGCCCAGCCUCGCUCCCGGCCCACCUGCAAGAUGUGGACAGCCCUCGUGCUCGUUUGGGUUUCCUCCUGGUCCUUAUCUGAGAGCCUGCACGCAUUGGAGCAUCCAUUCCUCAACCGGACGUGGGACCAUUCAGAGACAAACUCAUCCGUGGAAACAGUGACCGGAGUCUUGAACAGAACAGCUGAAAGAAUGACCCCAGCGACACCGUCUCCCAUCACACCAACCAGAGGGACUUGGGGAGGCGACCACACCUCUCCUGCAGUCACAGCGGGGACAACACACAGGACAGACGUGGGCACUUCCGCGACAGCUGGAGGGACCCGGGCUGGAGCUGCCUCCAGGGUGCCCACGCCGCCCGCCCCGGUGUCUGCCUGGAGGACCCCGCCCUCACCCGGCACGCGGGCGCCUGGCAACAGCUCGUCUAGGCCAGCGACAGCCAUCCCACCCGCCACACCCACACUGGCCACGAGUGCCCAGCCCGCCGCCGCGACCCACACCGGUGUCAGCAGCCCCGCAGGCUCACCCGGUCCUCCCGGGCCCACUGCCAGCCUCUCCACAGCCAGCCUGACGCCCUCGAGUCCCCGAGUACCCAAUGUGUCUGUGCAGGGCCCCACCGUCCAGGCACCGACGCCCCGGACUGUGGAUGACACGUCCCAGAGGCCCACACCCACCCUCUUAAACACAACCCCGGAGCCCGCCUCCCCAUCUGCGGCUUCCGUGUCCACAACCGUGGGCACCACAACCAAGGCCCCCGAGCUGACCGUCAGCACAGCGGCAGCACCCACACCUCACACCAGCCCGGCCCCCGCGGUGGAGGCCACAACCCCCACGACACGGCCCAGCCCUGCCACAUCCACGCCGGGGGCCCCAGAGCCGGGCACAACUCAGACGCCGGAGCAGGCCAAGCCUGUGGCCACACCUGGUACUACUUCCCCAGGGCCGACCCCCGGGGACUCCAAGGUGCCACCCACAGACUCGUGCCAGCCCAGCACCCAGGGCCGGUACCUGGUGGCCUCCAGCGAGCCCCUGACCCUGUCCUCCGUGAACAGAAGCUUCCUCCUGGCGGUGCUCUUGCUGGGGGUCACCCUCUUCAUCACGGUCCUGAUCCUGUUCGCCCUGCAGGCCUACGAGAGCUACAGGAAGAAGGACUACACGCAGGUGGACUAUCUCAUCAACGGCAUGUACGCCGAUUCUGAGAUGUGACCUGCGGGUCGGGGGCGGGGCACCGCGCUCAGCCGGGCCUGGGGCUGGGCCCCCCCGCCCCCCGACCUUCCCUUCCGGGUUGCCUCUGAGGCCAAACCAAGUGCUUCCAGAUUCUUUUGGUGCAAUUUAGGAGACAUGCCAGAUGCUUAAACACAUUUAAUUGCUGUCAAGAUUAAUUCCACGAUCACUAAAGAGCGGCUGCUUUUUUCAUAUUUAUUUUUGUAACGAUCAUGUUGACAUAGGGCCAGUGGUUCUGCCUCGGGAUGGGGCAGGCGGGCCCCCAGGGGUGGGUCCUGACCUAAAUUAAAGCAAUGACCCCUUUCCACUCA